GAAUCAGAGACGCGACAGAAGCAGAUAAGAAGCGUUGUUUUUUUGUUUUUUUAUCAACUCUCUUUUUGAAAGUACCCGUGGGAUCAAAAGUAUUUUAAUUAGUCUUUCUCUUAAGUUGGACACGUAUUUGGAUAUAUCCCGUGUGAUAAAACGCGGUAUUUGUCAGUUGUCCCAACCGAAAUCGAGGAGUUUAUUCUCUCGGAUCAGCCCGUUUCAUGCGACUAGACAGUCUCCAUCUGUCCCAUCUGCACGACAGGACGGUGAACAUCAAUGGACAUUUACGGAUAGAAACUGGACGACACGUCGUGAUUUGAAUGCCUUUGCGGGGACUUUGCUGGCUUGUGUGCUGCAGACAAGGCUUCAGUUUGCUGGCUCGGGAUCAUGGGGGGGAAGAGGAGGAAGAGUCUUUCGAGUUACGCAAUCAGGACGAGCACACACACACUGGACGGGGGCAACUAGAGGUCACUCUGUCUCAGCCCACUCGCACAGCCAACGGCACACCCUGUCUGUCAGGAGUUCCUGAGGAGAAGAGAAGUCUCAUCACACAGAAGAGUAAGAUGAAGAUGGACAAAGACAAUGAGGUGCUUGUGAAGGGCUGGCUCCUGCGGGAGGUGCAGGGAGGUUGGCUCCGGCAGAGGAGGUUCUGGUUUGUGUUGACAACAGACUCUCUUGACUACUACAGCGGCCCGGACAGAGAUGCUCGCAGACUGGGCAUGCUUGUACUCACAUCCCUCUGUUCAGUGCUGUGGCCGGAUAAACACACCUACAAACAGACAGGUUACUGGAGUCUGACAGUGUAUGGCCGCAAACAUUGCUACAGACUCUUCACAAAGCACUACAAUGAGGCAGUGCACUGGGCGUGUGCUGUGCAGAAAGUCAUAGACAGCAAAGCGCCGGUCGAGACGCCAACACAGCUCCUCAUACGAGACAUUGAGGAGAAUAAAUUCAAUCCAGAGGUUGUGGAGCACAUCUAUGAGCAUAAUCCCAUCCUGAGGUACACGCAGAGCCCCCUCUACGCCCCACUGUUGCCUUUCCCCUAUGGCAGCCUCCACCACACACAUAUGGCAAGUAAAGGCUACACAUCCAUCCGUGAAGAGGCGGUGAGGCUUUUUAACUGCCUCCAGCAGUUAGAGUCGGCCCGUGAGCCCAUUCCUCUCAUACAGGGGAUCCUCCAGACCUGCCUCGACCUCCGGCCACUCCGAGAUGAACUCUACUGCCAGCUUAUCAAACAGACCAGCGUCACCAACUCACGUGUCCAGACGCAGACGCAGACACAGCCGAAUCCGCAGCUCAGAUACUGGCAGCUGCUCACCUGCAUGAGCUGCACCUUCCUGCCCAGCUGCAGCAUACUCCGAUACCUGCGCUUUCACCUGAAGAGGGUUCAGAGUUUGAAUGUGGACCCGGAGGUGGAGAGCUACGCGUCCUUCAUAGCCCAGGCUCUGGAGAAGACGCGCGGCCGUGAGUGUGUGCCCUCAUGGGAGGAGAUCCAGGGGCUGAUGGGAAGGCAGGAGAUACUGUGUACUGUGCACUACCCUGGACCGGGCUGCUGCCAGAUACCGAUCACCUCACACACCACGGCUAAUGAGGUCGUGAGGAAGAUGGCGGAACGCCUCGGGCUGCAGGACAGCCAAAACACAUUUGCUCUUUUUGAGCAGAAUGCAUGCUGGGAAAAAGCUAUUGGAGGCAGCACCAUAAUCGCCGAUGUCAUCACCAGAUUCGAAAAUUUGUCAGCUAAAGAUCCAGACUCUGACUGCCAGUGCCGACUCUGCUUCAAACUGUAUUGUCUGCUGGACACCGACAACAUCAGUACAGACAGCAUUGAGUACCUCUUCCUCUAUGAGCAGUGUCAUGAGAUGGUGGUGCGGGGGCAGCUGCCAGCCUGUGAGGAUGACCUUCUUUCCCUGGCAGCGUUGAGACUGCAGUGUCUACUGGGAGAUUUCAGUGCCCUCUCGCCGUACCCACCCUUGGAGCAGCUCUUUCCGGCUGAAGUGGUGGAGGCCCGGGCCCUAUUGGCCCCUGUCGAUCCCCCUGGCUGCCCUUCCUUCCCCGGGGGUCUGCUGGCUGGGACGCUGUGGGGACACAAGCGGCGACAGGAACAGGACCAAAGACUGCGGGCCAGACUAAGGGAAGAGGGAGCCGUGGUGAUGUCGGCCAUUUUGGAGCGCUGGAAAGCCCUGGCGGGAUACAGUCGCAGAGAUAGCAUGGCCGCCUAUCUCACCAUCGCCCGGCAGUGGUCCGGGUUUGGCUGUACGCUCUAUGAAGUGGACUUCUACAUCAGCUCGACAGGAAGCUUCUCUCAGAAGUUGUGGCUGGGCGUGGCGGCUUCCUGUGUGUCUCUGUAUCGUCAGGGUGAGGCUGAAGCGUUGGAGUCGCUGCCGAUUGGUCAGAUAUGUUCCUAUGGCGUCUCUGAUAGCAACACAUUCAGGAUCACUGCAGGAGACCGAGAUCUGCUCUUCGAGACCUCCAAGCUGACUGAGAUCAUGCAGCUGAUGAAUGCUUACUUCAGUGCCACCCGUCGCCAGCUAGGCAAGGAUGACUGCAUCUCCAUGGAGACAAACCCUAAGCUCCACCCCUCCCUACUUGAGCUCCCCUCUCACCCGGUGUGAAGAGAGAUGGACUCGCGCACACCCACACGCACACACUGACUCCGACUGAUGUACACGUGCAUAUGCAGUCCUGACUGAUUGCUUCCCUGUGUGGAGCUUUUGCAAAGAGGACGAACUCAGAUGAGACUGAAAGGAGCAGAUGCUGUGGAAAUAGAAGAGGAGUGGAAGGUGACCAGGGAGCCACAAGCAGGAGAGCAGGUUCAGGAAAUCACUUGCUACACCGCCAGCCAAAUCCAGAAAGAACAUGGGGCCCUCCACCGGCCCCUGCCACCUGGGAGCCCGCCAAAUAUCACAGAGAGCAUAAUAGCCUGACUUCAGAGAUGAACAGUGCAAAAAUCAUUUUCUGAAGUAGUAUUUUUGCCUUGUUUUUUAGUGUUUCAAUAUUUAAACAUCCUUAAAACAACAUGAAUUUAUUUGUACUUAUUUUGAACAAUUAAAAUACAUUUCAUUUUCCUUGAAUUCAUCACGUAUUAAGACUAAUUUUAAGACUAACUUCAAAGAAUUGAUCUCAAAUUAAGUUACUUUUUCUUAUUUUGCUUCUCAUGUAAAUUUACCUUGUUUAAAGGAUGUUUUUAAUUUUUAUUGGAAAACAUGACAAAAAUAGUUUUUUUUGCAGCGAUGCCUUUAUAUUGCACUACAGGAAGACGACACAAACACAUUGCCGUUGCACUCACACGAAAGCACUCGCUCUGCUUUAAACGUUCCUUUCCAGACUCCCGCCUGGAUCGUCAUUAAACUCAUUCAUCAAACCAUACAUGACCUUAAAAUGAAAGCAGGUGCAAGUCACUUUCACGUCGACCUUCAGAACUGUCCAUUACUGAACCGACAGUGGUGCGUGUGUGCGUGAGAGAGAGACAGAUUUGAACAUUUUAAGCUGUAGAAACCAAAGGAUCUUUAGCUCGUCUCUAUGAUGAGAGUGUGUGAGUGAAAUGCUUUGAGCCCGACCUGGUGCUGCUUGACUGUGCUGUUAGCUUACAGUAACUCUGCACUGUGCGUCCUGUAGCCAUGACAGCCUCAGAUCUUUAGAUCCGGUUAAAACCAACUAACUUACACACAUUUGCAGCCUGGUACCUGUGAAGGUAAAUUACAUUUUGACAUUUUCAAAAAAACGACAAUUUUGGUUCAAACCAAGUUUCCCAGACCUCUCAACGCAUUUUCAAACACUGAAGCUAGACAAAUAAUCAACACUAUUGAUAUGCAACAUUGUCCAUCCCAUAUUGUAAAGAAAGCACAUUUCUGUAGUUCACCCAAAAAAAAAAAUUAAUUUAUCAUUUACUCACCCUCAUGUUGUUCCAAACCUUUGUUUCUUUCAUCUUGAUGAACACAAAAUUAUGAAAGUAAAUGGGGUCCAAAACAACAUUAAUUUGCACCCCAUUGACUUUUAUUGUAUGGAACACACACACACACACAAAAAAAGUAGAAACACCAAGACUGCUUCUACGUUCCGCACAAUAAAGAACGUCAUACAGGUUUAGAACAACAUGAAAGUGUGUAAAUGAUGACAGAAUUAUAAUUUUUGAGUGGACUAUCCCUUUGAGCGUAACCUGAAGCCUCUGUCAGUUGUGAUUUUAUGAAGCCUUAUGCCAGCUUUUUUAUCUGAUGAGAGAUAAAAUCUCUUUAUCUCUAUUCUUCUUUAAUGUGUGUUACUUUCUACUAGUUUUAUUUAUGGCUGUCUGUUGUAUACAUUGUGUGGAAGUGAGUUUUUAUUGUCCUUUUUACUUUUGUUUUAUAUAUCUUUCAUAAAGACCUGUAUUUGUAUUUUAGUGCUUGCAUUGGAAUAAUUACAAAAGAGCGGAUGAUUGUCAUAGUUAAAAUAUGAUGUCAUGAUGUUUAUUUACGUUUUUGGUUAUUUGUCAUUUAUUUCCCCGUCAUGAGAGGUCUACAUAUUGCAAAUAACUUGUUAAUAAUCUUUUUUUGUAGAUCCAGUAGGAUUAUUGACUGUUUGUCAUAACCAAAAAAAGUCAUUCGCUCCUUUUAAAGUCACAUGGACCAAAUAUCUAGGGGUUGGGGUUGUUUUUCCCCUUAUUUUUUUCUCUUCUUGUAUGACUGCCAAACUAUUACUGAAGCAA